AUGAGUGAGCCGACACUCAAUUUCUUCAUUCAAACCAGACAAGUCCAGUUUGCAGUCCCCAACGAGCUUCUCAAGAAAAAUCUCAAGGCCGUGCAGAAGCUUAUCGAAAAGGUGCGGAAACUGCUCCUAGACGAAAUUGUCAAAACUCAGAAGUCACCACAUUUGACUCCACAAGAGAAGCUCACAGUAGUGCGCAAAUUGAUCCGAUCGUUCGAGCAAUUCCAAAAGAAACUCCGCGUGCUUGUAGAUAAAGAUGCUGAGUAUCGGCGCCGAUUGGCUGCACGAGUAAACAGAUUGGCGCAGUUGCAACUGUUCGUUGUGAAAUCUAACAAAGAUAUUGAUGAUCCACCACUAGACUUCCAUAACGAGGACUUCAUGACAUGGCUCCGCGACGAGGCCAACCUACUAAUUAUAGAUUAUUUGCUCAAGUCAAAUGUGGUGGGCUCCACGAAUGUAGGGUCGAUGGUGGCUUCAAAGCUAUCACAGAAACUGGAAUUGCCACUCCAGGAUCUAAUCGAUAUCGAUGUGUAUGAAACCUACAAUAAGGUCUUUUUGUCGAUCACUCAGAAUCACGAUCUAGAUCUUAUCACCACUUGGUACACAGACAACAGAAACGCUCUCAAAAAGAUCGGGCUGAACCUACAGUUUGAAAUCCACUACUGUCGAUAUCUUCAUCUAAUAAGUACGGGACAGAUGUAUGAAGCCAUUUUAUAUAGUAAGGAGAACCUAGCGCCAUAUGCUCAGUCCCAGUUCUACUCUCCGGAAGAGCAAGUCAACUUUGCUUCCAACACAGAACGCCUUUCAGAAGUUGGCAGCCCGUUUACAUGCGAUGGAUACCUCAAGGCUAUUUGCACCCCAAAGACUCCAAUAUCUGCUAUCUUGUAUGGCCAAAACCAACCCUCAAAUGGUUUGAGUGUAGUUCCUACGUUGGAUAGCCGGAUCCAAGCCGAGAAAUGGUGGGCUCGUCUCGCUGAAUGCUUCACCCAGGACUACACUCAAAUCUAUGGAAUAUCUCACACAUAUCCGCUCUUAGUGUAUCUCUCGGCAGGACUAUCAUGUUUGAAAACGAAAUCGUGCUUUUGCUAUGGUUCAAACACUAUUUUUGGCACUAAUAGGCAAAAGAAACACAUGGCCAAGUAUUCUAAUGAUGAUCCUAGGUUGCGUGGACCGAAUGUCUACUAUGACUGCCUAGGAAAGAUCAACCAGUGUCCUGUCUGCUCUCCCGAAUUAUUUGCAUUGAGUAGCAGCUUGCCAUACGGCCUGUUCAUUACCAGUAUCUUCAACAAACCUAUUCUUCUACCCAACGGAAAUAUCUAUCCGUAUGACAAAUUGAACGCUCAUAGCAAGAAGUAUGGUUCUGACUCAAAAAUUCUCGAUCCAUUAACAAAUGAAUUGUUUGGACGCUUGGAUUGUUUACGCGUGUUUCCUGCUUGA